ACCAUGAAGCAAAAUGAUCUCGCUGACAAAGUGGAGAAGAGGCAUCUUCUGUCACAGUGUCGACGCAGAAUCAAAUGUAACCUGAAGAAGAAAUGUGAGAGUGUAUUUGAAGGGAAAGCUAAGGAAGGACAGCCAACACUUCUCAGUGAGAUUUACACAGAACUCUACAUAACUGAAGGUGGGACUGGAGCAGUCAAUGAUGAACAUGAAGUGAGACAGAUUGAAAUAGCAUGCAAGAAAAGGCAAACAGAAGAUACUACAGUCAAGUGCAAUGAUAUAUUUAAAACCUCAUGUGAGCAUGAGACGCCUAUCAGAACUGUACUCACUAAAGGAGUGGCAGGUAUUGGGAAAACAGUCUCUGUGCAGAAAUUUAUUCUCGACUGGGCAGAAGGAAAAGCAAACCAGGAUGUUCACUUCAUAUUUGCUCUUCCUUUUCGGGAUCUGAAUUUGAUUAAGGAUGAAUACAGUCUGACUGAACUGCUUCGCCACUUUAUACCACAACUUAAAUCAUUAGAAUCCACUGAGCUGUUUAGGUACAAAGUCUUGUUCAUCUUUGAUGGUCUGGAUGAAUGUCGCCUUCCUCUAGAUUUUGAGAACAAUGAGAGCUGGUUUGAUGUAACAAAGAAAACGUCACUGGAUGUGCUGUUGACUAACCUCAUUAAGGGGAAUCUACUCCCAUCCGCUCUCCUCUGGAUAACCUCCCGGCCAGCAGCAGCCAAUCAGAUACCUGCUAAGUGUGUCCACCAGGUGACAGAGAUACGAGGGUUCAAUGAUGCCCAGAAAGAGGAAUAUUUCAGGAGGAGAUUUAGUGAUCAGAGCCUAGCCAGCAGGAUUAUCACACAUGUGAAAUCAUCAAGGAGCCUCUUCAUCAUGUGCCACAUACCUGUGUUCUGCUGGAUUUCAGCCACUGUUCUUGAGAGACUUUUUAGUGAGACUGAUAGUGGAGAAAUUCCAAGGACUCUGACUGAAAUGUACACACACUUCCUGAUCUUUCAGACAAGUUUAAAAAAUGAGAAGUACAUGAAAAACAGUGAAACCAAGCUUAAAAAGUGCUUGGAAUCAAGCAAGGAUUUCCUUUUAAAACUUAGUAAGCUGGCUUUUCACAACCUUGAGAAAGGCAAUCUCAUAUUUUAUGAAUCUGAUCUGACAGAGAAUGACACUGAUAUCACUGAAGCUUCAGUUUACUCUGGAGUUUGCACAGAAGUCUUUAAAGAGGAGUAUGGGUUGUACCAGGAGAAGGUGUACUGCUUUGUGCAUCUGAGCAUUCAGGAAUAUCUUGCUGCCUUAUACAUGUUUCUAUCAAACUCAUCAGUUGACCUGCUGAAGACUGCAGUGGAUCAGGCAUUAGAGACCAAGAAUGGACACUUGGACCUCUACCUCCGCUUCCUCCUUGGCCUCUCAACAGACACCAGUAAGACUCUGUUACAAAGGUUACUGGGACAGACAAGAACCAGCCCACAUAACAUUAAACAAACACCCCAGUACAUCAAGGGGAAAAUACAGGAGAAUUUAUCUCCAGAAAGGACCAUCAACUUGAUCCACUGUCUGAAUGAAUUGGGUGACACUUCUCUAAUAGAGGAAGUACAAAGAUACCUGAGUUCAGGAAGUCUUUCAGCAGAAAUCCUCUCACCUGCACAGUACUCAGCUCUGGCCUUUGUGUUACUGAUGUCAGAUGAGGAGCUGGAUGUGUUUGAUCUGAAGAAAUUCAUCAGAUCCGAUAAAGAGCAUUGGAGGCUGCUACCUGUGGUCAAGACAUCUAGGAGAGCUUUGCUGAACUGCUGUAAACUCACAGAGAAAUGCUGUGAGGCACUGGCUUCAGCUCUCAGAUCAAACCCCUCACACCUGAGAGAGCUGGACCUGAGUGACAAUGACCUACAGGAUUCAGGGGUGUCACUGCUCUCUGCUGGACUGGGGGAUUCACAGUGUAAACUGGAAAUACUGAGGCUGAAAAGCUGUAAUCUCACAGAGACAUGCUGUGAAGCGUUGGUUCUAACUCUUAGAUCAAACUCCUCACACCUGAAAGAACUGGACCUGAGUUACAAUGAGCUGCAGGAUUCAGGAGUGCAGCUGCUCUCUGCUGGACUGGAGGAUCCACUCUGUAAACUAGAGAUACUGAGGUUGAAAAGCUGUAAUCUCACAGAGAAAUGCUGUGAAGUGUUGGGUUUAACUCUCAGCUCGAACUCCUCACACCUGAGAGAGCUGGACCUGAGGAACAAUGACCUACAGGAUUCAGGAGUGAAUCUGCUCUCUGUUGGAAUGGGGGAUUCACAGUGUACACUGGAGAUACUGAGGCUGUCUGACUGUAAAGUCGCAGAGAGAAGCUGUUCAUUCCUGGCUUCAGCUCUGAGGUCAAAUCUCUCACACCUGAGAGAGCUGGAUCUGAGCUACAAUCACCCAGGAGACUCAGGAGUGAUGCUGCUCUCUGCUGUACUGGAGGAUCCCAGCUGUAAACUGGAGAAGCUGAAGGUGGACCAAUGUGAACUCACAGAGACAUGCUGUGAAGCGCUGGCUACAGCUCUCAGAUCAAACUCCUCACACCUGAGAGAGCUGGACCUGAGUGACAAUGACCUACAGGAUCUAGGAGUGAAACUGCUCUCUGCUGGACUGGGGGAUUCACACUGUAAACUAGAGAUAGCAAGGCUGUCAGGCUGUGGAGUCACACAGAGAGGCUGUUCUUCCCUAGCUUUAGGUCUGAGGUCAAACCUCUCAAACCUGAGAGAGCUGGAUCUGAGCUACAAUCACCCUGGAGACUCAGGAGUGAAGCUGCUCUCUGCUGUACUGGAGGAUCCCAGCUGUAAACUGGAGAAGCUGAAUGUGGACCACAGUGGAGAGUGCAGGACCAGACCAGGCUUAGAGAAAUACUCCUGCCAGCUGACACUGGACCCCAACACAGCAAACAGACACCUGUCUCUGUCAGGGGAGAACAAGAAGGCAACAUGGCGGGAAGAAGAGCAGCCAUAUUCUGAUCAUCCAGAGAGAUUUGACUUCUGGAGCCAAGUUCUGUGCAGAGAGAGUCUGACUGGUCGCAGUUAUUGGGAAGUCGAGUGGAGUGGAAAUGGAGCCUGGAUAGGAGUGACUUAUAAAGGGAUCGGGAGGAAAGGAGAGAGUGAUGACUGUGGGCUUGGAUUCAAUGACAAGUCAUGGAGUCUGCGCUGUGAUCCUGACAGUUACUCUGUCUUGCACAAUUAUAAACGGACUGACAUACCCAUACAGCCCUCAGAUUCCAACAGAGUAGGAAUAUAUCUGGACUGGGAGGCUGGCACUCUGUCCUUUUACAGAGUCUCCUCUGAUGGACUGACCCUGCUGCACAGGAUCACCUCCUCAUUCACUAAGCCCCUCUGUCCAGGGUUUGGUGUUUAUGCUACCAACUCCUCAGUGUUGCUGUGCAUGCAGGAAUAGCUCGUUGCAUGCUGGAGGAAUCAUUUUUACUGCAUCAUAGUCACAUGCAGCCAUGAUGUUGUGAUUGAUGCAGAAUGUAGUCUGGCAUUAUCUUGUUGAAAAAUGCAGGGUCUUCCCUGAAAGAGAUGACGUCUGGAUGGGAGCAUAUGUUGUUCUAGAACAUGAAUAUAUUUUUCUUCAUUGAUGGUGCCUUUCCAGACAUGCAAGCUGCCCAUGCCACACGCACUCAUGCAACCCCAUACCAUCAGAGAUGCAGGCUUCUGAACUCUUCCAAAAAGAACUUCGAAUCGUGACUCGUCUGACCACAGAACAGUCUUCCAUUUUGCCACACUCCAUUUUAAAUGAUCCCUGGUCCAGUGAAAAUGCCUGAGCUUGUGGAUCUUGCUUAGAAAUGGCUUCUUCUUUGCACUCUGGAGUUUCAGCUGGCAACGGCGGAUGGCACGGUGGAUUGUGUUCACUGACAAUGGUUUCUGGAAGUAUUCCUGAGCCCAUUCUGUGAUUUCCUUUACAGUAGCAUUCCUGUUUAUGGUGCAGUGUCGUUUAAGGGCCCGGAGAUCACGGGCAUCCAGUAUGGUUUUACACCCUUGACCCUUACGCACAGAGAUUGUUCCAGAUUCUCUGAAUCUUCGGAUGAUGUUAUGCACAGUUGAUGAUGAUAACUGCAAAGUCUUUGCAAUUUUUUGCUGGGUAACACCUUUCUGAUAUUGCUCCACUAUCUUUCUGCGCAACAUUGUGGGAAUUGGUGAUCCUCUACCCAUCUUGGCUUCUGAGAGACACUGCCACUUUUUUUACCCAAUUUUAUACCCAAUCAUGUUGCCAAUUGACGUAUUUAGUGUUAAUUCAUCUUCCAGCUCCUCGUUAUGCUCAAAUUUACUUUUUCCAGCCUCUUACUGCUACUUGUCCCAACUUUUUUGGGAUUUGUUGACACCGUGAAAUUUUUA